AUGUCCCCAGCUCCUACAGAAACAGCGACUGAAAAGACAAGGGUUCACUUCUCUCCUCGUCUCGGUUUAAAGAGCCUGGGCGCUAGUGCUGAUUUGUGCUUGACUGAUCUGAAACCCAUGGAGCAAACCAAUGUAUGUAAAGGCAAUAACUCAAUUGUAUUGCAUACCGGCACUGAACGCUACCUUCAGAAAAACUUUAUAAAUCCACAAGCUGAUUGUCCUUCCUCGCCACCAUAUAAAUCGUAUUUUUUUCUAUCAGAUUCUGGAUUGAAUGUUCAAAAUAAGGACAGUUCCAAGAAUACGAUAGAGAAAGACAACUGCAGACAGAUGUUUUAUACAAAUGCAGACACUCGCCCACUCUACGCUAAAAAGAAAGUUAAGAGGGCACUUUUCCCAGGAACCGUAAGCCAGGUUUUAGCAGAUGUGAACAAACUUUGGGACCUGUCUGUGAUUGAGGCUGAAGACAUGCAUGGAUUGUGUGGUCCAAAAUAUAGGUUGAAUGGAAGAAUAGAGGGGGAAUGUCUUUCCAUACCACUUGCUAGCAAUUAUACUUUACCAGAUUUAACAGACCUGGAAAAGAGACCACGGACGCUACUAAAUAAGGAAUGUAAUGCCAAAUCAUCUUUUAUGAGAUGUCUAAAUCGACAGCAAGUCCUUGCAAAUCGUGCAAAAAGAAAUAAGAAGCGUUUGCAGCUGUUGUUGACAAGCCAUGUUGCAGAACAUUGCAAACAACAGAUAAGUAACUUUGUGAGUUAUCAGACCAGAAAAGCAAAUGUGAGCAGUACUCCUAAAGAUCAGCUAAGUAAUGAUACUAAGAUAAAUCACAAUGCUGGAGACCAAUCAAACAUCACCAGUGAUACAUGCAUCCAUCGGAAAAAACAAGACCUUGAGAGUCUUCAAAGUCCAUCUGAAGUGGGGACAUUUUCUGCAUUUAUGCCAGGGAUUUUAACUUCUUUUGAGCGGCAGUUGGAUUCCGAUGCUACAGAAAGCAGUUCUGAUGAAGACUGGGAUGAGAAGGCUGACCAAAUAUAUAACUGUAAAGCUGAAUGUUACUGGCUUUCAAUGAGAGCGAAUGUAGGGAGCCGCUGGACAUGGCUUCAGGCUAAAAUCUCAGAAUUGGAGUACCAAAUCCAGCAACUACAGCAUCUUCAGAGUCAGCUCCGAAGCCAAAAGGGAACGCUGGUGUUUGAGGAACCCUCAGAUUCCAUUCUCUACAAGGAAACACGUUCAGAGGACACAGCUCUGUCUUCCAGCAAGGAUUUAGAAUUGUCUCCAAGCAGCCCUACUAUGCUCCUGAGAAACAUAGAAAAACAGAGUGCUCAGCUGACAGAAAUGGUUAGUAGUCUGAUGACCUCUGUCCCAAUCGCCCUAUCUCCUAAGCCCUAUAUUAACUCUUCCAACCGUGACUAUGAGGCAGCUGGAUUUCCAAGACUUAGCAGAAUGCCUGUGCACAAGACAGCAUUUCCUAUGUUCAAUGGAUUCAGCCAGAAGCAGCCAAAAAUAGAAAGGAGAAGGAUACAUGCCAAAGUCCCCUCCACUGGUGGGAGAAGUUCAGCCCGUACCAGACCCCUGCGAUUCUAUCACAAAAGAAAUCUAUAUAGAUUGGGCUCUGGCUGCACAGCUAUGCUCUCCCACAACGCUGUUUAUUGUUGUAAUGAGUCACUGCAAACCUCAAUCCACGGCUCCACCUGGACCUGUUGUGACAAGCUGCAGAGACCUGUAUUGGUGAAAAACAAUGUGUGUGAGAUAGAUCCGCACUUCCAUCCUGUCUUGUCACUGCCAUCUGACCUUCCCCUUCACUUAUACUUUGGUGCUCUGCUGAGGAACAACACAGAAAUUAGGGGAGAUGCUGUGGACAACAUUCUAUUCAUACAAAAAGAAGAUGAGCGCCACCCUGAAUACACGAAUAAUUUUUGUCCAAUUAGUGUUACUCCAGACUCUUUCUAUCACCCGAGUAAGGAUGAAAGGAGCAGAUCAAGGGAAAAUGAUUCAGAUACAGUGACAUUAAACUCAUUUAAUAAUGCUACACAAGCUGAAGAUACCAGUAGGACUACACCAAUUUCACAGAAAUCUUCCUCUCAGACUCGUGACCCAAGUAUUAUGGCCAGUGGGUCAAGGCGAAGGCUGAGGAGUGAGAGUUCAUAUGACAUUGACAAUAUUGUAAUCCCCAUGAACCUGGUGGCACCUACUAAACUGGAGAAACUUCAGUACAAAGAAAUCCUUACUCCCAGUUUUAAAGAGAUGGUCUAUGAACCUUUGGAAACACCCCCAGAUGAAGAGGUUGAAGAUUUAUCAGACGAUACCUACUCCUGUCGACAUGAGAGGUAUGAGCGGAGAGAGAAGGCCCGCUGGUCAUUUUGGGAACAGAACAACAAAAGGCCCAAGAGAAGCAGAUCGUCAUGCAAUGGAUUUGCGGUAUGGUCAGGAAAGGCGUUUCCAUCUAAUGAAGAGAACUACAGUCCAGGUAACGUGUCACCAGUUUCUUGUGACACACCAUCACCGAAUACAAAUGAAACUCAAAACCAACAGCCAUCAGAUGAACUGCAGCAUGACACGGUUGAGCAGUGGGAACAAAGAGUAUUUCCUCUAACAGAAGCAGCGGCUCUGGACUUGGUAAAUACGCACAAAUCAGUGAAGCACACUAGACUACUAGCACAUUUGGAAAAUGAGCAGCAACAUUCUCAGACCAUCGUGAACAACUGGUUAUGAUGCAGUCAUCACUCACACCCAUGGACCAACCUGUAGCUGGAUU